AUGGGCUGCGUCCAAAGCAAAGAGGCCGGCCACAAUCAGGUUGGAAACCGGCCAGUGAUGCUGACCACUCUUCCUCAGGCAAACGCAAUCCUACAUCGACAUCCUCCUUAUCCAACGGUCCAAGAUACUCAGGGAUAUCAGCAACCUGCCGUUAAUCAACCCAACUUCAAGCUCACGCAAGUGGUUGAGGAGGCCGAGUUGCCUGAUUAUCACCCUGAAGCAUCGGUCGACUACAUUCUCCGAACCAUUCUGGACGCCGAGAACUUUUCCAAGCAUGGAAUCAAGGGUGCCUUCAAUGUCCUGGGCGACCGUCAUUUCAACAUUUUCAUCGACUCUAGCCACUCACUGUCCUCCGAGACACGAUGUGCAAUUCUGUUGGUGGCUACAGUCUUGUUGAUCGUCGCGCAAGCCAAGGACUGCGACAUGACCUUUUACUUCACGAGCUACCCGAACAAGAAGAGCAAGAACCUCUCCGAGAUUGAUCGCAGACAUCUUAAGGACUUGAUAAAUCUGUGGAAGACUCAGAGCUGGCAGGAGGCUCUGGGGAUGGUGCAGUACACGAAACCCUUCCAAGGCAAGUUGGGAAUCCAGGACUGGAUUAAUAAGCGCAAAAACAUUACCGAUGAUCAGAGUGAUGUUGAGAAGCACGCCAAACUUCUCAACUACUGCCGGGAGAAGAUGCUUGCCUUUUGGCAUGGCUGGCACCAGCGAGAGCUCACUGUGGACAGCCUCGAGAAGUUGUAUGGCUCAGCCAUGGUCAAUGCCAGCCAGCAGCUGAACUCCUUGAACUCUACGGCCUUCACAUACAAGAGGGCAAUGGGGCAGUACACUCGCCUCCAGCAACUGUACCAGAAAGACCCAUCGCAAGCUUUUCCCGUCUCAAACAUUUUCCUUCUGGGGACGGCUAUUCAACCGACUGAACUGGCUGCCAUCCAGGAGGCCCAGAACAUCGGGGGGAACACCGGCAGCAGCCGUGGAAGGCUUGGAUCACUCAACAUUGAGGGUCGGGGCACCCUCUUUCAAAUCUCCUCCGUCGUCAUGAUCGACCGUAUGACUGAAAAGUCCAUCAAGCUUUACAAGAAGGUUGACAACUACGGAAAGGGCGAAGAUGACAUCAAUGACUUGAACACGCUGAAGGAGAGAAAGGUCUUGACAAACUUCCUGAGCCCCGGCGCUUUCUUCAAGAUUCUCAACUCUCAUGAGCCAGCAGUGGACAAUGAUAUCCAGAUGCCCACUGGUGACGCCAUGUACGGCAGACAGCUACUCAACGCCAACGGCCACACCAUUACGCUGCCGGGUGUGAACCAAGUCAAGAGGAUCUUUGGCAUCGAGGACCUGUCGGCGCUACCUCGUGCUAUGGACGAUAGUGAGGAUGAAGAUGAUAAGCCAGCGCGCCCUCGGACCGGUCGUGCUAGGUUCGAAGUCUCGACUGAUGCAGCCGAGCGUAGUUCUGACAAGUUCUUUACGCCUCCCACAUCAAGCAAGGCCUGA